GGUGGAGUUUGUUGUAGGAGGUGAUUAGAGAGGGUGUACACUUGCUAUAUUCUCCCAAGGCUCAUUGAGCAGACAAGUUCCCUCUUUGCGACUUAUACUGGAGAACAGCACCCAGAAAUGACCACACAGGGGGUUCUUAAUGAAGGCCAGGAAAAUGAAAUGGAGCUGUUUGGAUACAGAACAGAAAAAUGUCGAAGUAUCCUUUGUGUGAUUGGUUACAUCUUUACACUGGGGUUCCUUAGAAUGCUUUUCUACUGGAAGCCUGAACUAGAUGUCUGGUGUCACUGUGUGCCCUGUACUUUGGAAGAGGCCAACGUAUUCUUACUCAGAAGCACAGAUGAAAUUAAGAAAUACACAAAGAAGAAAGUGACAUGGAUACAUGGAUCAGAUGUGUCCCAUACUAUAUCUCAGCCUGAUGAUACAUCACAAGAGAACUCCAAACUGCAUGAACAGAAGGUGCGUUGCAUCAGGGUACAAAAAACCCGCUAUGUUUGGAAUACAUUAGAAGCCAGGUUUCAGAAAGCUGGAGUCCUGGAAGAAAACCUGUCAUGUUCUGGUAUUCAUAAAAAAUAUAGAAUGGGUUUAAGUCACGAGGAACAGCAUUCCAGGCAACAGUUGUGUGGACCAAACACAAUAGAAGUAGAAAUUACUCCAAUAUGGAAGCUUUUAUUUAAGGAGAUUUUGAACCCAUUUUACUGUUUUGAAGUUUAUUCACUAACUACGUGGCUGGCAUCCGGAUAUUUUGAUUAUUCUAUGGCCAUAUUAACUAUGACCAUUGUGUCUAUUCUUGCAACAAUUUACAUGCUAAGAAUGCAAUCAGUUAAAUUGCAUCAUAUGGUGGAAUCACAUAACAAUGUUUUGGUGUCUGUUCUUCAGAGAAAUGGAGGGGUUGAAGAAGUACAAUCUAAAUACCUGGUUCCUGGAGAUGUAAUUGUCUUAUCAGAGAAGAAGUUUUUUCUGCCCUGUGAUGCCAUACUAAUAUCGGGGGGUUGUGUGGUAAAUGAAGGCAUGUUGACAGGAGAAAGUGUUCCUAUAACAAAAGUCCCACUACCAAAUGUGGACAAUGAAAUUCCAUGGAAAACAUACACUGGUGAAAACUGUCGUGGACAUAUAUUGUAUUGUGGAACUGAGGUUGUUAAGACAAAGCCAAAUGCAGAUGGACUGGUAAAAGCUGUUGUCCUACAAACAGGAUUCAACACAGCAAAGGGAGACCUUGUGAGAUCAAUUAUGUAUCCCAAGCCUGUGAAUUUUAAAUUGCACAGAGAGGUUUCAAAAGUUCUUGGUGGGCUCAUCGGACUUUCCAUCAUUGGAGUCAUAUACUCAGUUGUACUUAACGCAUAUAGUGGGGCAACAGCUCGAGAAUUGGUGAUCAUGGCACUUGUCAUGGCAACUGUGGCUAUACCUGUUUCUCUGCCCCCAUCCUUGACACUCUGCACUCUCUACUCUCAGGCACGAUUAAAAAAGCAAGGCAUUUUUUGCAUCAGUCCUCAGAGGAUUAUUUUGUGUGGACAGCUAAAUGUUGUUUGCUUUGACAAAACAGGUACUUUAACUGAAGAUGGCUUAGACUUAUGGGGUAUCGUUCGUUCAGACGGAGGCUGUUUUCAGGAGGUCUUUCCUGUUACAUCUGGUUGCACAUUACCCUGGAAUACUAUGACUGGAGCGAUGGCCAGUUGCCAUUCAUUGAUUCUAAUGGAUGGGGAAGUGCAUGGUGAUCCACUUGACAUCAAGAUGUUUGAGGGAACAGGCUGGGAACUUAAUGAAUCCACAGAAGACAAUAAAUCAAAGUUUACAUUGGUUACUCCAGGGCGUGGAGCACACUGUAUUUUAGUGAAAGGACUCCUCAUCUUGCACCAGUUUCCAUUCUCUUCCAAUCUCCAAAGAAUGUCUGUUGUUACAAAAAAUGUGGGAGAACAUAAAUUCUCAGUCUUUCUGAAAGGUGCACCAGAGGUAAUGGUGAAAUUCUGCAAGCAAGAUACAGUGCCAAUCAAUUUCUCAUAUGUACUCAACCAGUAUACAAUCCAAGGUUUCCGUGUCAUUGGGAUGGCAUAUAAAAACUUAGAUAUAAAUGAAGAUGCUAAAGUAGAGAUGUUAAGAAGGGAAGAGGUGGAACAUGAUCUUUUUUUUCUCGGAUUCCUGAUAAUGGAGAACAGCCUUAAGCCAGAAACAAAACCAGUUCUCCACGAACUAAAAACUGCUAACAUAAGAACAAUCAUGGUGACAGGAGAUAACCUUCAGACAGCAUGCACAGUGGGACUAAACUCUGGCAUGGUACCCGAUACUUCCAGUUUACUCCUGUUAGAAGCUUGCGAGCCUAAAGAUGGUUAUUCAGCAUCAUUCACUUGUCAGCCAGUAGAAAAGAGCACAGACGAAUUGCAUAUACAGAAUGAUUCAGUAAAGCACCUUGUAACCACUACUACUGAGAGCAUUUGGGGAUUUCAUUCUAGUGCCGGGAAAUAUCAUUAUGCUAUGAGUGGAAAAACAUAUGAUAUUAUGAAGCAACAUUUCCCUAGUUUGGUGCCAGAUAUUCUACUUAACGCUACCAUUUUUGGUAGAAUGACACCUAAGCAAAAAACAACCAUUAUUGAAGAUUUACAAGAGAUUAAUUAUUACGUUUGUAUGUGUGGAGAUGGAGCAAAUGAUUGUGGGGCUUUAAAGAUAGCUCAUGCAGGAAUCUCUUUGUCAAGUCUCGAAGCAUCAGUGGCCUCUCCUUUUACAUCAAAAAUCCCAAAUAUUGAAUGUGUACCAAAACUACUAAAGGAAGGAAGAAGUACACUUGUCAGUGCAAUAUGUGUGUGUAAAUACCUUAUUAUAUACACGUUGGUUGAGCUCAUCUGCAUGAUGUUUCUGUUUUGGAAAAAAACUUUACUAGGAAAUUACCAAUAUAUGAUACAGGACAUAGCAAUUUCUGUCACAGUUAUGUUAACAAUGAGUUUAACUGGUCCUGCUCCAAAGCUAGCUCCAUACAGACCUGCAAUGAGUCUGAUGUCUCCUUCCUUGCUGCCAUCAGUGACCUUGAACAUCAUAUUUACCAUUGUUAUACAGACAAGUGCAUUCUUCCUGGUACAGCAGCAACCAUGGUACAACGAGACUGAUGUUUUCAGUGCAUGUGAUCAUCACAAUCAAAGUUAUGUCAACCACACAAUGAAUGCACAUCAUAGUCAGUCUCAGAAUUUUAUUACUACCACACUGUGGCCUGUGUCUGGAAUAAACCUUAUUAUCGUUGAAUUUGUAUUCUCCAAAGGAAAGCCUUUUAGAAAACCAAUAUACACUAACUAUUUAUUAUGUAUAUUAAUAAUAGCUCAACUGGGAGCUUUUCUUUUCAUGUUGUUUGCUGAUAUUGAAACACUGUACCGCCGCAUGGAGCUUGUCUGUACACCAUAUUAUUGGCGAAUUGAAAUAUUAAGCAUGGUUAUUGUGCUUUUCAUUGCAUCCUAUGGUGUGGAGACCAUUGUUUACAAUAGAACACUCUGGCAACAUAUAAAGAGGAUUUCAGGUUACAAGUCGAAGAGUCAAUACAAACAACUGCAGAGCACAUUGGAAAAUAACACAGACUGCCCUUUGCAAAAGGAAAUGUUCAGUUCAAGCCAACAAUUUUCAGUUAUGGCAAAUGAGUGUGUUUAACCAUUUGCCACAUACACGUCUCUUGCAACAUUCUUCCUGGUUUAGUGGUGUGCAUGCACACUCCCCUAACUGACCCGCGUUGUGAUUGAACACAGCACACGUUUGUCAGCAGGUUACAGCCAAUGAUUUUGGCUGUACAUCUGCUGAUAUGGUGUGACCAAUCACAGCACAGAUAUCUGUGUUUACAAACAGACACAGACAGCAAUCUGGCUGUUUCUACUUUCUGAAAUGAACUCAGGGAAUCCAGGAAGUAAAAGCAGCCAGAUCUGUGGGUAAAAUCAGCACACAUUACACGUGUUAGGCACACAGUUAGCCCCUAGAUUGACUUUUGAUGUUAGUCCCUUCCCAGCCAGUGUCAUUAGUACAGUGUACAGUAUUAUCACUGAUCACUGUAUUAGUGUCUCUAGCAACAUCAGUGUCCGUAAUUCAAUUAGUGUCCCUCCCAGCCUGUGUCUGUUAGUGCCAUAUUUUCCACCACACUAUUGCAGUUACACUAUACAGUAAGUCACUGAUUGCCGCCUUUACUAAUAUAUAGGUAGAUUCAGUAAGAGUUAGGCCGACUUAUCAGUAGAUAAG